ACACUAGUAAACGUUGUGCAUGCUACUGCCAAAGUGCACCCGAGUAGGUUAUCUUCGGUAUUAUACUACUCGCCUGUUUGGCCGUAUUUUUAUUUUGUACACGUAAUCGCAUCACGCAGUAGUAGACUGCAUUUAAUUUUGGUGGUUAACUCGUCUGUUUUAUCAUCUAAAAAUGCCAUACCUCUCCCAAAACGGACAGGUCAUGGACUCUAGAUCACCAUGGCGAUUAUCAUUCAUUCCAGAGUUCUUCUGGAGUAUAGUUAACUUCAUAGUGCUUUUUUUCAGGACAAUGAUUUCGCCUGAAUUAACGAGUAGAGGGAGUGGUUAUACAACAGACUAUAGACAAGGCCUGACAGGCAACCGGAGAGGACCUGGAGGGCCUCCUCCUCCCCCUAGGAGAAGAAUGGGAGGAUUUGGAGGCAGAGGAUCAGGACCAGCUCCACCACCUGCUGCUGGAGGUGGAUGAGGAAGGUAAAUGCCUACUUCUUCUGCUAGUCACAAGGAGUAGGCCAUAGGGUACCACCAGAAACAUCAACAGAUACAAAUUUUUUCCAGAUGUUCAGAGAGUCUUCCAUUCCUCGAUGACUUGUUUCUGCUGUUCUACUUUCUGAAGGUUAUUAUUGCUUUAGUGUGGGUUUUCCAAACGUUUUAUUUCAUUUUAAAGCCAUUUCUAGAUAUUUAAAUAACAAGGAACUUGAGUUUAGGCCAAGCAUGAAAGGUGAUAAGCACUUCUUCUCUGAUGAAUUAUGGGGACUGUAUUUUAUGUAAAACUAUGUAAGAUAACAAGAUAUAUUUUAUGAAGCUUUUGAUGUUAGUAAUGAUCCAGGGGAUGAUGUUUCAUGAAUAUGCUGUGUCAUAAAAAAGAAGAUGUUAGUAAUAAUGAUAAAAAAAUGAGCUUUACAUUUAAAUUUGCAUAACCAUUGCAUCCAAGUGCAAUACUAGAUAUAUUGGAAUUGCUAGAUGAUAAUAACUUUACUUUUUUAUCAUAAGAUGGUUGUUUAUGUUCUAGUAUUGUUUAUCGAAGUAAUUUAAUUUGUUGAUAUUUCUGAGUGGUCCACUAUUGAAUAUCUUGCAGUAUGUGUAUCUGAUAAUGACGUUAAGCCAGUAAACUCACAUUUCUGAGACUAGCUUGACUGAGAAGAAAUGGAUACAUGAUAUAUUAUGUACAGUAUAUCAUGAUAUUUUCUCCAAAGGAUAUCAAUUUGAAGAAAAUAUCAUGUUAUUUUUAUUUUUUCUUGAAGUAUGUGGUUAUUUGUGUACAUGAAUAUCAAAGAAAUGGGAACAAAACAAGUACAAAUUGAAUUACUGGUAGUUUGAAACUUUUGAAUAUCUAAAUCCUAAAUUAUAGGUAUAUUUGUAUGGGAUAUGGGCGAGGUCUGUGCCCAAGUUUCUCCCUUAUAUUUAUUUUUUUUUUUAUUGUAAGGCUUUGCAUUAAUUUUUGUUCAUUCAUACUUGUUAUAUUCAUCAUGCACUUCAAUCUUGACUUAGAUUUAAUAUUUUAUUUUGUCAUGUUUACUUGUGUUUACAAACAAUACUCCCAAAGCAAUUAAUUGUAUUGAGCUGCAGGACAUGUAUAGAUUAUUACUUCUCCCAUUGUUCCAUUUACAUGUGAAGUUAACAAUUUGUGUUUAAUAGUGCCCUAUUUUCAUCUUAGCCAUUGAGAUGUUUCUUUGAUAAUACAUUUUUAUUUCAUCUAUUUCAUCAAUAUAAUGUAAAGAAUGAAAAAGCCCAUGAUGAAAUCAUUUCUAAUAUUGCUGAUUUAUAAGUGUAAUUAUGAUGAUUAAGAUUAGGAAGAGGAGGUGGAGGAUGAUGAUGAUUCUAAUAAAUAUUUUCAUAAAUGUUACAGGUGUUUUAUUUUUUAUCACUUUAUCAAAAUUUUCAUUAAGUUUACCAUGUUACAAUGUUUGUCAAUGUGUUUAUUAGAUUUUAUGAAUUUUGCUUGAUUAAAUGUAAUAACUUAAUACUGUCCUCAAUUUUGUGAAGGUUAUUUCUAAGUCUUUUGUUCCUCUUUCCUUCAAUGCUUAUUUUUUGGCUUGCUUUGGGCUGAUGAUUAUUUGAUGAUAUUGUUCAAAUGCAUUGUUAUAUUGUACAUACAUGUGAAUAUUAAAACAGAUAUAUUCAUUCUGUAACUUAUGAAUAGAAAUAGAUAUAUCAAUUAUAA